AUGCAAGAAAAAACGUCGGCAGGAAACCCUAUCGUUUUUUUCGAUAUUACCAUUGGAAACACUGAUGUCGGCCGCAUAAAGUUUGAGUUGUUUGCUGAUGUUGUUCCAAGAACUGCCGAAAAUUUCAGACAACUCUGUACAGGGGAGUACAGAAGAGAUGGAGUACCUAUAGGCUACAAGGGCUGUAUAUUCCACAGAAUCAUAAAAGAUUUCAUGGUGCAGGGCGGCGACUUUGUAAAUCAAGAUGGUACAGGGGUAUGCAGCACUUAUGGUGGUACAUUUGCUGAUGAAAACUUCAAGAUAAGUCACAGUGGACCAGGAAUACUCGCUAUGGCUAACAGUGGAAAAGACAGUAAUGGAUGUCAAUUCUUCAUCACUUGUGCAACCUGUGACUUCCUGGACAACAAACAUGUUGUAUUUGGAAAGGUGAUUGAUGGACUGCUAGUUCUAAGGAAGAUUGAAAAUGUACCAACUGGACCAAACAACAAACCAAAAAUCCCUGUGAUUAUUUCUGAAUGUGGAGAAAUGUGACGGGGGAAAAACAAUUCGGGAAAAAAUUUGCCAUCUUGAAUAUGUAAUGUGAAUAACAUUAGUUUGUCAGAAAUGUUUAUGUUUAACAGCACUGUACAAGAAAAUAGAGGUAUAGUUGAACCUUGUUAUCUCAAACUCAUAUAACUUAAACACCCUGUUUAAUUCACAAAGUAUUUUUUAUUGGUCCUGGCCAAAUUUCACAUCGUAAUUUGAGCACAUAUAAAUUGAAUGCUCAGAUAACUCAAGUUUUCCAACAGUCUCUCUGACAUUGAGAUAAGGAGGUUCAACUUUAUCUCUGUAUUGUGUAGGAUUUCAGAUCCAAAUCAGAGAGCGGAACUUAAAGAUGAUUAAUCAGUGUCUACACUCAGCUACAGAAUUGUCCUCCUGAAUCUGUGCUCUCAACACAGUGUCUAUUAAUUGCAAUAUCAAUUGUCUUUUACAUUGAGAAAAUCAUAAAUUUUACAUAAUUUCACUGAAAUUUACCAAAUUCAAAACCUCACCAGUUUUUCAGUUAUUUUCCUUGUCAGUUGGAAGCUUAUCAAAAGAGGUGUAGACUUCUGUUCUAGGGUAUUCAUAAUAGAACCUACAUGUCUGUAAUUUUUAACCCACUACAGACUUACUUCAAAUAUGAUAAGGGAACAUAGAAAACUUAGAAGUUAUGUAUAUUAGUACAAGCUGUUGCCCAGAUUUCUGAUGUGUACAUAUGAUACAUGUGAUACAUAUGAUACAUAAAGUAGGUUGCCUAGACAAUGAAUGAAUUUGUCUAUAGUACCACUGAAUGCUCUAUUCUUGAUAGUAGGGUUUUAUAUCCAGUUGUAAAUCACAGGGUCUAUACAGUGUACAUUGUUGUACAUCCAAACGAUUCAUUUCCAAAGAUAUUCUCAUAAUCCAGAGGUCUACACAACCUUCCAGGGUUAAGAUUAGGAUUAGGGGCAGCGAUAACAUAACUGAGGAAAUUGCUUGUGUAUCAGAGACAAGCUACAUUGAUAUAUUGGAUUUACUGCACAUAGCUCCCCAUACAUUGAAUGGUGCAAUAAGAUGUAGACUGCUGUGGUAAUCAGCACCUUGUUGUAGAGAAUUAAUACGUCAUAGAUCAUGAUCAAAUUGCUCUAUUGAUGUACUGAUUGGUGCAUAGAUUCCAUGUACAGUGUAUCUAAAAGAACAGGUUUUUUUUAACCAUCAUCUUCAUUAAUGUCAUCCAUGUUAUCAUCUUAUCACCAACAUCAUCAUGUACAUGUAUCAUAUAUA